AGCAUUUGGAAGUAACAGGACCUCUUUUUAGCUCUCCAAAGAGUUUGAGGGGAGGAAGGAGCGGUGCACUUUUAAAGCUACGCAGGAGAUUCUUUGACGGAUUACAAUCUCAGCAAACUCCAAUUCGAGAAGAAGAAUGAUGGCUAAGAGACUUACACCAGACUUUUCACCAUCCUGGAAAGGAACUGUCAGCCAGUAUUUGGAGUUUUUUUAAUACUCUACCUCCCUCUGCUGUUAUCAACGAGAAGUUCCUCGACAAUGGGAAAUCAUGUACUUGCAGCUUCAAUUUCCAUGCUCUCGCUCCUGGCAAUGAUGGGAGAUGCAGACAGUAAAACAGACAGUUCUUUCAUGAUCGACUCCGAUCCCAGCCGCUGUAUGAGGCAUCACUACGUUGACUCCAUCAGCCAUCCCCUCUACAAGUGUAGCUCGAAGAUGGUGCUGCUGGCUCGCUGUGAAGGGCGCUGCAGCCAGACGUCACGUUCGGAGCCCAUGGUUUCUUUCAGCACUGUCCUGAAGCAACCUUUUCGCUCCACCUGCCACUGCUGCCGGCCCCAGACCUCCAAGCUGAAGGCCAUGCGGUUGAGAUGCUCAGGGGGCAUGCGGCUCACUGCCACCUACCGCUACAUCCUCUCCUGCCACUGCGAGGAGUGCAACUCCUAGGGACGUACCUGCCACAGCAUUGGGGGGGACCAGGAUGCUUCUAUCAGGGAAGGCUCCCAACAAUUCACCUGAGGCGACGCCGAUGCUCCCAGCGUACGAUUGCAGCGAGGACAGGAAUAACCAGGCUGGACUGGAUCUGAGAGCCGAAGCGUAAAAUAGCCUGGGGCCCUGGAUGGUG